UGGUGUUAAUGCCGAAAUUGACCACCACUGGUCUGUCAUCUAUGUAGUACUACAUCAAAGCGGCUCGCACACCUUUCCUAAGGGCACCUCGGCAGUAGAGAUGUAUUGAAGAGAAACCUAAUAACGAUGCACCACUGCAAACGAGGCAUAAUGACAUCAACACCCCGCACCGCAGUGCACAAAGUGUUGCAAGGCACGGGCGGAAGCCUUAAACCCGGGAGUGAUGCGGAGCACUCAAAUGAUACUUAAAUGGAGAUGCGUGCCCGUUUGAAUAUGCUCUCGUACAAAUGACAAAGAACUAGGCGUCAACACUCAUCAAUAUCGCAAAGAUGGCAGAACUACCCAAGCCUCUUCAGGAAAGUCUCGACGCGACCAAGGUGUCGUAUGCUCAGCUAGGUGAAUGUGGACUUCGGGUUUCCGUGCCAAUUCUUGGCGCAAUGUCCUUUGGUCAUAAGGACUGGCAACCAUGGGUCGUGGACGACGAAGAAGAGGUCAACAAGCUCCUCAAAGGCGCAUACGAUGCUGGUCUCAAUACCUGGGACACAGCCAACGUCUACUCUAAUGGCGUGUCCGAGGUGAUGAUCGGGAAUGCCAUCAAGAAGUACGAUCUCCCUCGCCACAAGUUAGUACUUCUCACCAAGUGCUUCGGGGUCGUUGGAGAGCAACCCGGCACGACACAAAUGCGCUACGGUGAGCAUUUAAAGCAAAGCAAAGACUACAUCAACCAAGGUGGCCUGUCCCGUGCUGCGAUAUUCAACGCCGUUGAUGCCAGUCUAAAAAGGCUGCAGACAGACUAUAUAGAUCUGCUGCAAAUCCACCGCUUUGAUAAGACUGUCCCAGUCGAGGAGACCAUGAAGGCCUUGCAUGACUUAGUGCAGAGCGGAAAAGUCCGCUACAUCGGCGCUUCAUCCAUGUGGACGUAUCAGUUCGCCAAGAUGCAAUCUGUGGCCGAGAAACACAACUGGACCAAAUUUGUCAGCAUGCAAAAUCACUACUCGCUGUGCUACCGCGAGGAAGAACGUGAAAUGAACAAGUACUGCCAGGAGACCGGCGUGGGUCUGAUCCCAUGGUCGCCGCUCUACCGUGGGUUGUUGGCACGGCCGCUGGGCUCCGAUGCGACGGUCCGGGAAGAGUCAACCAAGGGUUCACCUUUUAGUACCCCCGUCUCGGAGGCGGACUCUACCACCAUCAAAAGAGUUGAAGAGCUUGCACAGAAGAAGGGGUGGAAGAUGAGCCACGUCGCGCUUGCUUGGAUCAUACAGAAGGGGACAAUCCCGAUCGUGGGCUUGAGCAACUUGGGUCGACUUGAUGAAGCUGCGGGUGUGAAGGGGAAAAGUUUGACCGAGGAUGAGAUCAAGUAUUUGGAAGAGCCUUAUCAGCCGAAGAAGAUUCAAGGUCAUCAGUAAGGUCCUUUGGGUGUUUAUUGGCAGGGAGCGCUGGCACGCUGCUUUUUCCAGCUCGAAUGUGAAUGUGCGCACUCCAAGCUUCCGUACGUACUGCGCCUUGCUUCUAUGAACGUCAAAUUAGAAUUUCGUGUUGUCCUGAGAACAAUGACAAACGUAGCUUGAAAUCUAUGAUUCCCUUUCAUUAGCUA